GUUUUAAAUUUUUCAAGAACAUAACAAUGGAUUGGCACGAGUAUUCUUGUUUUCCUAAUAAAAUUAUCCGUACAAAAGAGUAACCAUGAAGCGAAACACUCAGCUCUUCGAUUUAUAUUGGGAAGAUAUAUUAGUGUCUAAAAUUAUACCCCAACUUACAAUUAGAGAAUGUUUCAACUUUCGCUGUGUAUCAAAAACAUGUUUGCAAAUAAUAAAUAUGUAUUUUUCGAAAUUAAAGUCCUUGAAAUUGAUGAAUAAGGGAUUUUCGCCGCAUACUUUUGGUGUGUUCACAGGGGCAUGUACGAGGCUAAAUGUAUUGAAUUUGAGUCGCUGUGUGACGCUUACAGAUGCUGACUUGAUCCCUCUUCUGCUCCGGAACCCAGGCUUAACGAACUUGAACUUGACACAGUGUAAAAAUUUGUCGGCUAAAUGUUUGCAGCCAAUAAUUUUGUAUUGUAACAAUUUAAAGAUCCUGAAGCUGGGUAGAUGUACCUGGUUGACAACUGGGGCUAUGGAGGCUUUGGCGUUGCACCAGAGCAAGUUGGAGGAUGUGGAUUUGUCAUACUGUGUUUGUAUAUCUGAAAGUUGCAUCCUGAUCUGCAUAAAGAAAUUCCGCCAUCUAAAGACGGUGAACUUGGAGGGAAACAAGCAGAUUACGGACAAGAGCCUCUAUGCUUUAGCUAAAUAUAGUAAAUCAUUGAAACUUCUUAAUUUGGGAGGAUGUUGUGAUAUCACUGACAAAGGAGUGAGAGCUCUAGCGUUGCACAGCCACAAACUGGAAGGUCUUCUUCUAAGAGGCUGUGUAAAGGUGACCGAGAAUUCUAUAAAGCUGAUGCGGAAUCGAGUCCAUGUAGACAGGAAACCUAUAGACCCUGUGCCAAUACCCUUGCUGGUUCUGUAGGAUGUCGCCUGCCAUCAACCCUUUUUGGGAAUGCUAUUGUUGCCUACCAGCAGCCAAGACUAUAUAUCCCUUAUUCGCCUCUGUGGUAUCAGCGGAUAUCAAGUGUUCCUAUUCUAGGGCAUACUAUGUUAAUAUAUAUCAUCUUUUAUUUAUUUUUUUAGGUAAUAAGCAAUCUGCCAGUCAUUUUAUAUUCGAGCAUCAUAAGUCUAUCAAAAUUGUAAAAUAAUAGAUUUAACUACUAUUGGUUAAUCAUAAAAAAUUUCAUUUAGAAAAUUGAAUUUUUUGUACUUAGGAAGAUUUUGUUUAAUAACAAUAGAUAAUAUAUCUUCUCCUUAAAUUUCUACCUCCCUUGCUUAUACAAGCAAUCUGUCUAUAAAAAGUAGAAAACGGAUUUCAUUAUAAUAGCAAACAGAAUGGUCAAAAUUUGUUGAUGAACUCAGACCCUCAUUAUAUGUUCUACUCUUUAUAGAAAGACUUGUAAUUUAUUGGAAAACAAGGAAUGUGUUGUACAAAAAUAUAUUAUUUUUAGCUUUAGACUUUUAUUGAAUUGGCUGUGCAACAAAAAAAUAAAAACAUUUUUUUUUAUUAGUGUUGACUUUUGACCUGUUCACGGCUUUAAAUUCCUAAUCAUUAGUAUGUCUAUUGAUGAAUAUAUUAGUUCUUAAGUGAAAUGAAUUAAUAAUGAAAUUUAUUUAUAUUUAAAAUAAUUGUAGGAUAUUUGGAAUGGAUUUUGUGCUCAUUAACAUGAAGAUAUUUAAUUACAAUAAGUGGAUUUUAAGUUUUAAAUUACGAUAAAUAUAAGAUUUUAAGUUUUAAUUUGUUGUUUAGUAGUAUAGUAAUAGACAUGGUGAUUCGUGAUUCUGUUUCGAUAAAAAAUUCUCAAUGAUUAUUAUUGAAAACUUUAGUUGAAUUUUUUAUAACAAGUACAUUUUCCCCACUACCUCCUCUGAAUGGAAAAUAAAUAAAAUGCUGACAGUAAUAUCCGAGUUUGUUAUAUGCAUUAUUUGUGUAUUUUUUAUUAUUAAUUUGAAUGCAUUGUGACAUCAAUCUAGCCUGUUGGAAAACAAAGAUGAGGUCUAGUCUAGGGCGUAACUCUGAAGCUGAUUUUUUUAAAUGAAUCCAUCAAGUUUUAAAAAAAUAGUUUUUAUAGGUGGAGCUAUGUGAGCGGAGCAUAUGUCUAUUUUUGUAUGUUGUUUUUAUUAUUUCGAGAUUAAUAACUUAAAAUAUUUGUCCUAAAACAAGCUACCUCGCAGAACUGGAAACUACGAAUUUUCAUGUUAACACAACAACUAUGCAUUAAAUACCUAGAUAAAAAGAA